CCUGUGAUUUCCAUCACAUGUGUACUCUGUACUCGACUGUGCUGCUCGCACACUGUUUCCUGGUCUGCUUCUGACCAACUCUGAGUUCCUUGAACCUGGGACUGUGGUUUCCCUUCCUGUAUGUGUGGGGCUGGAGCCUGCCGUCCCUGAGAAAGGCAGAGACAUGGAGCCAGUUUUCUGAGCGCUGCAGGGACCUGACAGCCUGGCUUUGAACCAGAGGAGAUCAGUGCUUCCUGGGAAGGUCGCCGUGCUGCAGCUUCCAGCGCAGGCGGGGCAGAGUGCUGAGUUCAUGCCUUUAGUGUUGCCAGCGCUGCUCUCUCUGUAGCACAACUGACCACUUUUCUGGCUAUAAAAUAACGCACAGUCAGAGGGAGAGACAGAAACAGCUUAAAGGAUUGAAUCCUAUUACAUAGCUCUCAUCACUAUUACCUUUUGUUAAAUUUCCCGUCAGCCUUUUAAAAAUAUGCAUCUAUUUCCACCACAAAGUUGGGACCUUAUACUAUAAACAUUUUACUACCCGUUUUAACAUCCAGUUUUUUACUUACGAUCGUUUUACAAUGUUUUAAACAAUCUUCAAGAAAACAUUUUAGCAAUUGCAUAACAUGCAGCCAUAUGGCUGUGCCCUAUUUUUUGACGGAUCCUUUAUUGUUGGACAUUGGUUUCUCAUUUUUGCUGUUAAUCACAACAGCAAAGAGACAGAGAGAAAUAUCGAUGUGAGAAGAACACGUCGACUGGUUGCCUCCUGCACAAGCCCCGACCAGGGUGUCAGGGAGGAGCCUGCAACCAAGCCUGCCGGAGAAGCUCGGAGAUCCUUGCCCCUUUUAUCUGAGGAACUCUUGGACAACACAAAAUGAUUUGAUCAUUCAGGACAAAACUGCUCGAGAGGAGGGCGGGAUGGCUGUGCAGGGCGCGCCGCGCUUCCUCCUGACCUUCGAUUUUGACGAGACCAUCGUGGACGAAAACAGCGACGACUCGAUCGUGCGCGCCGCGCCGGGCCAGCGGCUGCCGGAGAGCCUGCGCGCCACCUACCGCGAGGGCUUCUCCAACGAGUACAUGCUGCGGGUCUUCCAGUACCUGGGCGAGCAGGGCGUGCGGCCGCGGGACCUGCGCGCCGUCUACGAGGCCAUCCCCCUGUCCCCGGGCAUGGGCGACCUGCUGCAGUUCGUGGCCAAGCAGGGAGCCUGCUUCGAGGUGAUCCUCAUCUCGGAUGCCAACACCUUCGGCGUGGAGAGCGCGCUGCGCGCCGCCGGCCACCUGGGCCUGUUCCGCCGCAUCCUCAGCAACCCGUCGGGGCCCGACGCGCGGGGGCUGCUGGCGCUGCGGCCCUUCCACGCGCACAGCUGCGCACGGUGCCCCAGCAACAUGUGCAAGCACAAGGUGCUCAGCGACUACCUGCGCGAGCGGGCCCAGGACGGCGUGCACUUCGAGCGCCUCUUCUACGUGGGCGACGGCGCCAAUGACUUCUGCCCCAUGGGGUUGCUGGCCGGCGGCGACGUGGCCUUCCCGCGCCGCGGCUACCCCAUGCACCGCCUGAUCCAGGAGGCGCAGAAGGCCGAGACCAGCUCCUUCCGCGCCACAGUGGUGCCCUGGGAGACCGCCCACGACGUGCGCCUCCAUCUGCAGCAGCAAGCCCAAAGGAAGAAAAGCCAGAUGGAACAGUCGCCUCCUGGUGGUGGAACGAGGUAGCACACUGUCUGGCUUGGGUCGGACCAGCCAGGAACCUCGCAGCGGUGCCUUCUCAUACACCAGCCUCCUCUAUGCAACAAGACCAGGGACAACCAAAGUCACCCCUGUGGGCUGGGCCCUCUGUGGCCCCCUCCUCUCCUAUGGAACAGAAAGCCAUGAUGUUUUAAAGCAGAGCCAGCGAAACCCAAGCCCCUCCUCUUUGGUGUUUUAGAGCUAUUAAAGCAGGUGAAGGGGGAAGAGUCAAAAAAGAAAAAAUCACAACAGCAAACACUUACUGAGGUCCUGCUCUGAGCCUGGUUGCUUGUCGAGGGUUUUCCCAGGAAGCCUCACGAGAGGCCUCUUCACUUUCAAAAAGAGACGGUGGCUGGAGAGGCUAAGUAACAAGUCCAAGGCCAUAGAGCCGGUCAGCGGGUCCAGGCUGUGCCACAUGUUGACUUUCCAUGUGCAAAUCUUCAGUUAUUUUAAGAGAAUUCUAGGAGUGGCUUACAGGCCCCAUGCGUUUCAAAGCAACAGGAGAGACUGGGCAGUUCCUGUGGCAUCUCAGGAGGCACUGGAGACAUUGGGACGAGUUUUCCACUGCUUUGUUGUCCCGGGCCCUGCAGGCCUUUGAGUGUGCGGUUAUCGAGAGCACCAGUCUCUUCCUGCCCCAGCACCGCCCCGGGAACGGGGCCCAGCGGGUGCCCAUCGAGGCCCCAGUGCACAGGGCAGAGGCCCCCUGUGGCCCGUCACCUGCAGAGCUGUCAUGCUGGUGCGGUGCUUCGUAUGGGCCCUUGCCCAGGUGUCCUGGGGCUGUGAGGGACCCCGAUUUGCUAAGGAAGCUCUUGUCCUUCUCUUCCCCUCACCUGAGCUGGGAGCUGUGGUGCAGGCACGGUGGCUCCUCACGCCUGUCCCAGCCUCAUCUGAUCACUCUUUCUGCAAGAGACUUCCCAGGGAAGGUCCCCAGCCUGGAGCCAGCUGGGCUGUCCCAGGCUCUGCUGGCUCCCGCCCUCUGAAGCCGAGGCUUCUGGCUCAGGGCAUGCAGCCAGAGAGCCCAAAAUAGGUCAUUUGAUCUCAGGGUUACAUGGAAUCCGGGUAAAGGGGCUGUGGUCAUGGUCAUGAGCAACAGCAGGGAGCCAGCAGCUCCGAGGGAGUGGCCCACCCCUUGCACGGCACUUUGCAGUCGGUCACCCCACUUGGCCCUCUCAGCAGCGUCAGUGGAGGUGCUGACACCAUCUCCAUCUUAUAGCCAGCGUUCUUCCUGGAACCCUCUCGCACCCCUUCCCUCCUCUGUUCUCUCACCUCCUCCAAGCAGCCCUCCUCGCGCCUUUCGGGUCUUCGCUGCUCCUCCUCUC